UAUUCAAACAUUUGCAUUUAAUCUCAAACAAUUCGCAAGUUCAGAAAAUGUCAAGGAAAAAUGAAGAUUAAAAGAAGAUAAAGCUCCCAUCAGAACUAGAAAAAUAGUUGCGACGAGAUGAUUUAUUCUGUAUCAAAGCAAAAGUAAUAAGUAUCCAAAAAAACUAACUUUGCAAAAUCAUAAGUUUAGUAUGAAGCCAAAAAGGCGGAAUAAAUGAAGAAAGGAAAGCCGUAGACUGGUCAAACUAACAGUUCGUUGUGUUUUUAGUUUAGAAAAUAUUGUUACAUGUGAGACACUUCAAAUAUGAAACAGAAAAUACAAAAAAAAAGAAUUCCGUCAUUGCUUUGAUUAAACAAUAACAAGAAAUAGACAAAAACUUGAGGGAGAUAUGUAGAAAAUGUUAUCUGAACGAAAUAAAAUCAGUACUAUUGGAGAAAAUUAGAAAAUGCGGGAGAAAAGAAAUAAGAUAGAUAAACCCUGAACUUUGAACAAGUAAUGGGAAAAACUGUCAAAACUAAAAAAGUUUCAAUUCAGAAGAAAUAAAGAAUUCCAUGGAAGAGAUUUUAAGAAUCAGAUAAACUAAAAGUUAAGAAAAAAGACAAAGCUAUUCUCUGAAUUUGUGGUAAAAAAACAAAACGCUCAGUUAGUAGCACUUAGAGAUGAAACAAGAAUACUUAGCAGAUUACGGUAAACAAAACUGAUUAACAAGAAUUUAAGGAGAAACAAUUAGAAAAAAACUGAUAAACACGAUUUAAAGAAGGAACUGAUAAGCACGAAUUAAAGAAGGAACUGAUAAGCAAGAAUGAAAGAAGGAACUGAUAAACAAGAAUACCUUAGGAAGAAAAUGAUAAACAAGAGUUUAAAGUAGAAACCUUCAGAAGGAACUGAUAAACAAGAGUUAAAGAAGGAACUGAUAAACAAGAUUUGAAGAAGAAACCUUCAGAAAGAACUGAUAUACAAGAAUUUAAGAAGAAACUGAUAAACAAGAUUUAAAGAGGAAACCUUCAGAACGAACUGGAAAACAAGAAUUAAAGAAGGAACUGACAAACAAGAAUUAAAGAAGGAACAGAUUAACAAGAAUUAAAAAAGGAACUGAUAAACAAAAUUUACAGGAGAAACCUUCAUAAGGAACUGAUAAACAAGAUCUAAAGAAGAAACUUUUAAAAGGAACUGAUAAAGAAGUAUCCUGAAGGGACGGAAAUAUCAAGUAUCCUAAAGGGACGGAUAAAUCAAGUAUCCUAAAGGGACGGAAAAUUCAAGUAUCCUAUAGGGACGGAUAAAUCAAGUAUCCUAAAGGGAGGGAUAAAUCAAGUAUCCUAAAGGAACGGAUAAAUCAAGUAUCCUAAAGGGACGGAUUAAUCAAGUAUCCUAAAGGGACGGAUAAAUCAAGCAUGCUAAAGGAACGGAUAAAUCAAGUAUCCUAAAGGGACGGAUAAAUCAAGUAUCCUAAAGGGACGGAUAAAUCAAGUAUCCUAAUAGGACGGAGAAAGCAAGGAUUCCAGACGAAGAACGUAUACGGAAAAAGGAGGAGAAUGGAGAAAAAGGAAGAUGUCCGGGUUCAAUGGCAGGAUGGAGUAGGAAAUAUUAGAAUUCAUACUGGAGAGGAGAAACAAACUAAUACUUUGAAGAUCAGGUUGGAUGAGAUUGACUGGGUCUGGCUCCUAGGUCUGGUUUGUAUCACUGCAACUAUAGUUCUCUCUCUCUGUAUUCUCUCAAAGCUCAAAAUUUCAUCAUUUACAAGGCGAGCAAAAACAAGAAUGAAAAAAUCUGGUAGAGAAACCACCAAACAAAAAACUGAUAUGGCCAAGGAUCCAGUUGCCGAAACUAUAGUUCAUCUUGAAGACCUGGAGAUAGAACCAAAACCUUCUCUGAAUUCUAAAGAACCCGGAGCAACUCCAACCGGUUCUAGGAGAAAAGUUUCCCUGUGUUCUAUAGAUGAAUGGUGUGUAGAAGGAGAAGCUGGAGAAGGAGCUCGAAGAUUAAGUCAAGUUUCUCUAAACCUAUCCUUGGUUCUUGAAGACGGAAUAUCUAAACCUUUAUUCCUAACAAAUAAGAAGCUAGAGUACAAAAUGUGUAUCGUGUAGUUGUUUCUAGAAAAUAUUAAAAAUAUAUUCUUUGUUUAGAA